UUAGAUAAAUGAGUCAAAUCCGCUAGGUCCCUGUAUGCAGUCAACGCCGCUCGGCUCCUGUCGAAAUCCCAUGGUUAUGACAGGCCUUGAAAGCAAGCUCCUUGGCGGCGAUGCGCAGAAAUUUACGCCCUUCCUCCUCUUCUCCUGCUUAGUUGCUUCCUCCGGCGGCCUCUUGUUCGGCUACGAUCUCGGCAUCUCAGCUGGAGUUACCUCUACGGACUCUUUCCUCAAGCAAUUCUUCCCCGGCGUCUACACCGCCAUGAAACAGGGAGACAAUAUCAGUAACUACUGCAAGUUCGACAGCCAGCUGCUUUCCCUCUUCACUUCCUCACUCUACUUCGCCGGCCUUUUCGCCUCACUCUUUUCCCCCCAAGUCACCAAUAGAUCAGGCUGCCGGUUUUCCAUGCGCGCCGGCGGUGCCUUCUUCUUCGCCGGCGCCGCCAUCGGUGCUAUUGCAGUUAACAUUCAUAUGCUCAUCUUUAGUCGCCUGCUUCUAGGGUUUGGCGUUGGUUUCACCAAUCAGUCCGUUCCCUUAUACUUGUCGGAGAUGUCUCCGCCAAGCUACAGAGGAGCAAUCUUCAACGUCUUUGAAGUAUGCAUCAAUGGGGGAAUCCUCCUCGCCAAUCUCAUUAACUACACUACACAGAAAAUCGAAGCUGGCUGGGGUUGGAGGCUCUCCCUCGGCCUCGCUGCAAUCCCCGCCGCAUUCCUCGCCGCCGGCACAUUCUUCAUAUCAGACACUCCCACAAGCAUAAUCCGGCGUGGCGGCGAUCGCCAACAACUGUCGCAUGUUCUGCAGCAGAUCCGAGGAAGAACCGACGCCACCAAAGAGAUCAAUGACCUCCUCCACGCGGCCGAGCCCACUUCGUCUUCCACCAUGGAUUCAUGGCGCAGAAUUGUUCGACGAAAUUACCGGCCCCAAUUGCUGAUGGCUUUCGCUCUGCCCAUCUUCCAGCAAUUAACGGGCAUCAACUUGCUGACCUACUAUGCUCCAACGAUGUUCCGUUCAGCGGGGCUUGAGGAGAGUGCCUCCCUGCUAUCAGCAUUGAUAACGAGACUCACUGCGACGGCCUGCAACCUGAUUUCCAUGGCGGCAGUCGACAAGUUUGGGCGGCGGACUUUCUUCAUCAUCGGCGGAGUCCAAAUGUUGAUUUCGCAGGCUGUAGUGGGGGCAAUCAUGGCGGCGAAGCUGGGAGAUCAGGGGGCCCUGAAGAGCGAGUAUGCGAAGGUGAUGCUAUUGUUUAUGAGUUUAUAUGUAGCAGGGUUUGGAUGGUCGUGGGGGCCCUUGCCAUGGCUAGUGUCGGAGAUGUUUUCUGUGGAGAUAAGGUGUGUGAUGCAGAGCAUAGUGGUGAUGGGAGGGUUCUUGUUUAAUGGUUUGAUAGCGCAGAGCUUGCUGUCGAUGCUGUGUGUUAUGAAAUGGGGGAUCUUCUUCUUCUUCGGGGGAUGGAUUUUGUUGAUGACUGCAUUUGUGUUCUUGUUCUUGCCGGAGAUGGCGAAUGUGCCGGUUGAGGAGAUGGGAGGGGUGUGGAGAGGGCAUUGGUAUUGGAACAAGUUU